UUCAAGCAGAACACGGAUAAUCCCACAGUCUGUCAUUCGCAAACAUGAGAUUUGUGGUCUGUUUUCUUUCUCUGCUUACUGUGUUUAGGGCUGGACAAUGUGGGAAUAUAUUAGUCUGGUAUACUGAGGGCAGCCACUGGAUUAAUCUGAAGAUUGUGUUGGACACUUUAUUGGACAGGGGACACAAUGUUACAGUGUUGGUUCCUGAUGGCGCGCUCUUUAUGAAAGCCAACGAAUCGGAUCGCUUCUCCUACCAGCACUUCAGUGUGUCCACAUCUGCACAGGACAUGCAAGAUUUCUUUGAUGAACUUUUACAUUUCUCAGUGUUUGAGAUGGAGAAUUCAAACUUGCUUGAGAUUCAAAUGAAAUUCUCCGAGCUUGGUUCCAAACAUCAAGAUGUGAGUUUGUCAUACUGUGACGGCAUUCUGAAAUCUCCAGAGUUGAUGGACAAAUUGAAGAAAGGAAAGUUUGACGUUGUCCUGUCAGAUCCAAUCUAUCCGUGUAGUGAUAUCGUGGCUGAAGUGCUGAAUGUUCCCUUGGUUUUCACCUUCAGAUUCUCCGUUGCUCAUGCAACAGAGCGCAUGUGUGGCCAGAUACCAGCUCCACCAUCAUAUGUUCCUGGAGCCAUGAGUAAACUCACAGACAAGAUGAGCUUUACUGAGCGAAUCUUCAAUAUGCUCUUCUACCUUUCUCUAGACACUUUUUCUAGACAAAUAUGGAAAAGAUUUGAUAACUAUUACACUGAAUAUUUUGGACGGCCCACUUCCUAUUGUGAGAUGAUGGGUAAAGCUGAUAUCUGGUUAAUCAGAACCUACUGGGAUUUUGAGUUUCCACGGCCAUUCGUGCCCAACUUCAAAUAUAUUGGAGGGCUUCACUGCACCCCUGCCAUGCCAUUACCCAAGGACAUGGAAGAGUUUGCGCAGAGCUCAGGGGAUGAUGGGAUUGUGGUCUUCACACUGGGGUCUAUGAUAGACAAAGUGCCUAAAGAGAUGAGCAAUAGAAUCGCCUCUGCACUGGCACAGAUACCACAGAAAGUCUUGUGGCGAUACGGUGGAGAGAAACCAGAUACUCUUGGUGAAAACACUAGAAUCUAUAAGUGGAUGCCUCAGAAUGAUUUAUUGGGCCACCCCAAAACCAGAGCGUUUAUCACUCACGGAGGCACUAAUGGCAUAUAUGAGGCCAUAUAUCAUGGUGUCCCGAUGGUCGGGAUCCCCUUGUUUGGUGACCAGCCUGAUAAUUUGGUUCAUAUGACCACCAGAGGUGCUGCUGUUGUAGUAGACAGCAUCAAGAGCAUGCAGCCACAAGAACUGGUGGACAAAAUCAAUACAGUCAUUAAUGACCCUUCGUAUAAAGAGAAUGCAAUGCGUUUGUCCAGGAUUCAUCACGACAGACCAAUGAAGCCUUUAGAUGAGUCUGUGUUCUGGAUUGAGUUCGUCAUGCGCAAUAAAGGUGCAAAACACCUGCGUGUGGAGGCCCACAACCUGACCUGGUAUCAGUACCACUGUCUGGAUGUGUUCGCUUUUCUGACCACUGUCCUGACUCUAGUCCUCUACAUCUGCUUUAAAAUGGCCAAAUUCUUCAUCAUGCGCUGCUGCUUUAGAUCAAAGAGUAAAAGCAAAAAAGAGUGAUUUGGACUGAUACAAAUAUCCACCGGUCCAGUUCAUACAUGCAUAUAUAAAGUAGUUCACUCUCAGAAAUAAAGGUACAAAAUCUGUCACUGGGGUGGUAGUCUUACAGAAGUUACAUAUUUGUACCUAAAAGGUCUAUCAUGGUGCUUAAAGUUUUUUUAAAAACUAUUUGUGUUUUAGGUACUAAUAUGUAAACUUUAGAUUCUAAUAUGCACUUUUAAAGGAACACUCCACUUUUUUCUUUUGGAAAUUGGCUUGUUUACAACUCCCCCAGACUUGAAGAUGCCCUAUUAUGGGUUUUUGAAAAUUACCUACUAUGCAGUCUGUAACACAGCUCUAAGUGAAUGAAAACAUCCAGCUGAGGUUUAAAUCGGAAAGUGCAACUAGUUUUAAACUUUUGAAUUAAAAAAAAAAAUUGACUCAGAGUCGUUUAAAUGAUUUGUCGUUUGUCCGAAUCAUUUGCCUGUUUGUAUUGACGUCGACACGAAACAAUACCGAAUAUGAAGUGCCAGAUCUGGUAAAACGUGAAUGUUCCCUUUAAACACUAGCGGUGUGUAGGUGUGUGUGGGAUUGAUCAUGACUGGAGAUGAGAAAUUAUUAAUGAGUGAACAUUCUGGUGAUUAAUACAAUAACCUGCCCUGCAAGGUGGGAUUCUCCAGCCAUUUGUUAAAGGAAGGAUCAGCAAAGACUAUUUGAUGAAAAUAUGUAUGGGACUUUUUCAGACCUUUUCGGAAUUUGGUCAGUACACAAUACUUAUUUUGGAGUAAUAGUUUUCAUAAAGAAUUGUUAUAUGAUAGAUUAAUGACAAGCAGCCCUACGCGAUUUACAUGAAUGUUUAAUGGAUAUUUAUAAAGGGGUUAUUCCACUGUAAAUGUAGCUAAUACUUCUAAAUAUACUUAUUGUAUCUAAACUUAAUGAAACAGCAGUCUACAUCAUCCUGGUCUGUGAUUUAAUUGCUGUUGUUAUGCCUACUGAUCUGUUGUAUAAGGGUAUAUAUGCUGCUGCUUUGAUGGCAUUUGACACCGUUAGAUAAUAUGAUGAUAAUCGUUGUGUUUGCCUUACCUAAUAAGGUGAUGGUCUAUUCAUUUUAACAAUUAUAAUAAUAAAAUGUCUCACUGUUUACUAA